AUGACGCUGGUGUUAGAGGAAGAUGACACUGGUGACAGUGGUAGUCAACCUUUCACUGUAACACCACUCUUGUUACAGGAAGAUCACACUGGUGACAGUGGUAGUCAACCUUUCACUGUAACACCACCUUGUUACAGGAAGAUCACACUGGUGACAGUGGUAGUCAACCUUUCACUAGACAAGUCUCUCUCUCUCUCUCUUUCUCUCUCUCCACCACAGGCAAGCUUCCCUAACCUCACUCUCCACCACAGGCAAGCAUCAGUGUUAGCAGUGACAGCAACAGCAGCAGCUGUGGUGGUGAUCAUCGUAGAGAUCUUCGCUGGACAGGAGUCCAUCCCUGAUCACCCCAGGUAUCCCAACCCCACCGUCUCCUCCUUCUCGCUGGGGUUUGGUUCCAUUCUCUUCGCCUAUGGAGGAGCAGCAGUCUUCCCAACCAUCCAGAACGACAUGGAAGACAGGUCCCUCUUCUGGAAGAGCAUCUAUAUUGGAUUUACUGGUAUACAGACAAUGUACCUGCCAGUGGCGCUGUCUGGCUACAUUAUGUACGGUGACCAAGUGAAGGACAACAUCCUGCUGACUGUGGACUCCAGUGCAGCUGUCACCGUCGCUAUUGCUCUGCAGAUUGUCAACUUAUUAUGUACUUUUAUCAUCUCUUGCAACCCCGUCUCUCAGACUAUUGAAGAUGUUCUUAAUAUUCCACACAAUUUCAACUGGAGGCGGUGUGUUGUUCGAUCUGUCACAGUGUUGCUGCAGAUGUUGAUUUGUUUGGCCAUUCCUGACUUCGGUCUGAUCCUCAACCUGAUUGGUGGUUCUCUGAUUACCCUCUGUACCUUCGUACUUCCUCCACUCAUGUACAUGCGACUGAUAGAUGAUCACAGUGGACCCUGGAAACAUAGGACGAUGGCCAUGUGGGAGAGGAUCUUCUUGGGGAGAUCAUUAUAG